AUGAAGCUGCCUCGUUUCGAUUUCGAGAAUGGUUCGUCAGCUCGUAAGCCGACGAGGGUUGUUAUUUACCACGACCGGUACACGGCUGGGGAAACCACUGGUGGAUUGAGUGCCCUCUUCACGAUGCUCUGCAUAAUUGACCUGUUUGGAGUAUUCCCUGUUGUUGCUCUACCGAAAAGUAUUAUUUCCUGUGGUAUUUACGGUAUACCUUUAGUGGUGUCUGUGUUCUCUCUCCAGCUGUACACAGCUGUACUGCUGGGUAGGAGCUGGCUUCUGGCUCACGAGAUAUCAGCUGACAUGAGAGAGAAGAGCAGGUUUCCCUACGCAGCGGUGGCUGAGUUGGCCUUCGGAAGAAAAGCUCGAAGUCUCGUGACAUUCCUCAUAGAUGCUACUGUAUUCGGGGCUGGAGUACCCAACUUUAUUUUUGCGUCGCAGAGUAUGCAGUUGUUUUGGUGGAAGACUACCGGGGGCUCCGUGAAUGUGUCCUACUGUGUCUGGAUGAUAGUGAUAGGGCUCCUGUUGUGUCCCGUCAUGUGGCUCGGCUCUCCGAAAGACAUGAAGGCGAUAGCGGUAACAUCAGUGUGUAUAGUGACCACAGUCGCUGUUAGCACGUGGAUAGGUAUAUACAUGGAUGACAGCUCUCCACCGGCGAGUGGGGACGUGCUGGAGUACGUGCCUAGCAUCAGGGACUUCCUGGUCGCGUAUGGGAUCAUAGCAUUCCAGUUCGACAUCCAUCCAAUGCUAUUAACUCUUCAAGUGGACAUGAAGGACAGUCGUAAGAUCAACACCGCGGUCCUUGGAGCGUUCACGGUCACGGGACUUAUGUUCAUGAUCACGACACUGCUCGCCGCUACAAGAUACGGAAACAACGUGGAGAAUAAUAUACUACAAGGUAUGCCUCCGUCGGUAACUCUGUACGUGGUAGCUCUCCUCGUGACAAUGCAGCUGUGUUUUUCAAGCGCCGUUGGCAACUCAGCUCUUUUCCAGCACAUAGAAGACCUUUUGAAGAUACCGCAAGAGUUCUGCUGGAAACGCUGUCUACUCAGAUCUGGUAUAGUCGCGUUCGCCAUUUUCCUCGGAGAGUCGGUACCAAGAUUCGACUUAGUCAUGGGUCUGGUGGGCUCUACUCUAACCGGCCCUCUAAUGUUUAUCUUCCCACCACUCUUCUUCCUGAAACUCUGCUACAUGAAGACCAAAAUAAAAAAAAUCGACAUGAUCGUUGCAAAAAAAAUGGGACAUUUGAGUCCUAGACGCGAACAAAAUGGUGACCUGUCAGAUUACCCGCUAAUAAUGCACAGAGUACAGACUAAAUACAAAACAUUUGGCGGGAAAAAUGAGGAGGGGACUUCUGAUAUAGAUUUGGACGAAUAUGACGUUAAAUGGUACGACGUGUUGUUGGCUGUUGUGGUCAUGAGUAUGGGAAUUUUCGCCACAAUGGCUGCCACAUAUUCUAGCUGGACGGACGCCAUAUCUAGCGCCACAUUCACACAACCCUGCCUCCUGAACUCAACCGCAGCCGCCCGAAGCUUUAUAGAAUCCACAUAUCAUAUAAACUCAUAA